AUGGAGACGUGCACUGACAGGGACCACAGAGAGAAGGAGACAUUCACUGACAAGGACCACAGAGAGAUGGAGACGUGCACUGACAGGGACCACGUGGAGAUGGAGACAUUCACUGACAGGUACCACAGAGAGAUGGAGACAUCCACUGACAGGGACCACGUGGACAUGGAGACAUCCACUGACUGGGACCCCAGAGAGAUGGAGACAUUCACUGACAGGGACCCCAGAGAGAUGGAGACGUGCACUGACAGGGACCACGUGGACAUGGAGACAUCCACUGACUGGGACCCCAGAGAGAUGGAGACGUGCACUGACAGGGACCACGUGGACAUGGAGACAUCCACUGACUGGGACCACAGAGAGAUGGAGACGUACACUGGCAGGGACUACGUGGACAUGGAGACAUUCACUGACAGGGACCACAGAAAGGUGGAGACGUGCACUGACAGGGACCACGUGGAGAUGGAGACAUUCACUGACAGGGACCACAGAGAGAUGGAGACGUGCACUGACAGGGAACAGAGAGAGAUGGAGACAUGCACUGACAGGGACCACAGGGAGAUGGAGACAUUCACUGACAGAGAACAGAGAGACGGAGACAUCCAUUGGCAGGGACCCCAGCGACAUGGAGACAUUCACUGA